AUGGCCGCUGAAGGUCUCUUCAUCAGUUUGGCUAUCCACCUCGAGGAGGCAGAUACGGACAUUCGCUGGUCUUGGGCAGAGGCAGGCGCCUAUAUCGCAGAGAUCCUGGGUGACAUGUCUGAAACAGAUGAUCGUGUGAAAUCCCGUCUUGCGGAUGCAGCCAAGCAACAUAGUGACCAUGUUCGUGUGACAACGGGCAACAAAGUCUGGCGUGCGCACUGGACACGUAGAGUUGCAGAUAUGUUAGCGCAACUUCGGAAGAGUUGGGAAAAUGAGCAAUGUGGCAAGACUCUUUCCAAGCUCUUCCUGACUGAGUGCGACACACCAAUGCCGUCUUCUGUGGGAGUCUGCUUCAAGGACGUCUAUCUCAACGACAACUGGGAUGUCGUGCCGAAGUCUCCACAGGCCAAUUGCUAUCUCAAGCUGGACUAUGUGUUCUUCUAUGAGAGUGAGUGCUUGCAAAUGAUCCAUGAUCUUAAGAACGUUCACGAGGACUUAGAAAGAGAUACACAGUGGUUGUCAGUAUGCCUUUCCGGUGGCAACCUCGCUCCACCGGGUAGUCUGAACGACAAUGUGGAGCAAUACAAUCAGCUCAUUUCGGCCGUGCAUGCUUCGACGCCCAAUGUGCGGCAAGUGAAGCAAUAUCUUAUCCAGAAAGUCGAUGCUCUUCCAGGCUGUGUGAUGUCUUCCAAAGGCAAGCGAACCAAGAUGAUGAACUUCAUCGAGGCUCUUGAUUCCAGUGAGUUCGUUCUGUUCAAACAGGUUGAUGCGCACACCUUUCACAAGCUCCUGGUGGACUGGGCAAAGCUUUCCGAAUGCAUGCAGUCGCAUGGGGGAGUAGAUGUUUUCGGCGGAUGGGUGGAUUGGGGGUGUCCUUUUGAGCACAUGCACACCCAGGAAAAGUGGGAUGGUUCUGCGUUCGAGGAACAACGACGUAUCAUGCUGCGCCAUCGCACACCUGCGGGGGAUGUCGCUGCAGUAGGCCGCACUACGCAAUGCAUUGUCUCCGAGACUGUGGAUCUUCAAGCACUCCAGCAGUACGCC